AAAUCAUCCCAACUUCAAAGCCCUCUCCCCGAAACUCCAUUUUUGAACCUUCUCUCUACCAUAUCUCCCUCAUUCCUCCACCAAAUCAUCCCGUUCCACCAUCAAAAUACUCCCCUCACUCUCCUCUCCAUAUCUAUACCCACAGAUUCCAUUUUCCCCAAAUCUCCAAAAAAAAUCCAAAAAAACCCCACCCCCAUUCGAAUUUCAGUUUUUCAAAGCUCAAAAACACCAACAAUGGCUCCAAGAAAGAAUAGGGGAGAGAGCUCAAACGCCAUGGCACCCAUUCCGGGCUACGAGGACUUUCACUUCACCGAUACCGAACAACAGGAUCGAAUCCUCGCCACAAUUUCAAGGAACUCAUUUGAUCUCUUGGAAGACAGAGGAGAAGAAGAGGAAGAAGAGGAGAAGAAGAGGAAGAAGAGGAAGAAGAGAAGAAGAAAAAGAGGCAAGAAGAUGGAGCAUAGAAGAUCAUAAAACCCAAUAAAGAAUGUUGUUUGUAAACGCAUUUUUAUUUCUUGGUGAUCUUAGUUUCUUUCUUUCUUGAACUCAUGGGAAGAUCUUAAAACUGUUUAAAACAUUUUACUUUACUCGAGGCCGAGUAAAGAACUAUGUGUGGGGGAGUUGAUACGCGUGUAAUUUCCGCGUGUAUGUUUACAUUUUUAGUUAAGUUUUGGUUGUUUAAUAUUUCGCAAAUUACCUACUUUUGGUGUAAUAGUUAUGUUUGUU